AUGUCGAACUCAGCCGUGGGAAACGUCUACCAAACGAUCAUCGAGGAGGUGAUCAAUAGCUCGCGAGUCGAUUUCGAAGAGAGCGGCGUUGAAGAGGCCGUGCUGGAGGAGCUGCGAUUGGGAUGGCAGCAGAAGCUCUCUCAGCUCGAUACACAAGCUCAAUUCUCUACGCCGCUGUCACUGCCGACGGCGAGCCCUCCCGGGGGCCUGCCGCAAAAUGGCAUCAAGCAGGAGCCGUACGUGAAGACUGAGCCUGGCAUCAAGCAGGAGCCCGGCACGCAGCAGCCCGGCAUGCCCUACCCAAACUACAACAGCAUGGAGAACAAGAACAGCGUUGCCGCCAACAGGGCCGCCCAGCAGCUCCAGGCUCAAUACGGUGUGCGAGCAGCAGGCUCCAUCAACGCGAUACAGGAUCGCAUGGGCCAGCAGCCUCAGAUGCAGUCACAGCAGCAGGGACAGGCUUCGGCACCUGUGCUGCCGCAGCAGCAGCCUCACUCAUCGGAGCAGCAGCAGCAGCAGCCCUUGGGCAACGCUCAGGUUGACGGUGCUGGGGAUGCCAUGGUGGACGACUCUGAUGAGGAUGAUGCGCAGGAAAGCUUCGAAGGCGUUCUUCUACGGCAUGGCGUCAACGGCAAGCCCGAAGAGCUCGGCAGAGUUGACAUUGAUCGCAUCCUCCACGAGCAGAUGGCUGCCAAGGCCAAAGCCAUGGAGGGAGGCGGCUUGAUGCUGUCGCUGAAAGAGGCCACGAAGCACCAGGCCAAAUCAAGCGCUGCCCAGAAGCUGAGAAACAAAGGAAAGGCUCGCCGCGGCGUGGGCGCCUUUGAUGGCGGAGAUGAUGACGAGGACAUUGAUGAGGACGCCAUCAACUCUGAUCUGGACGACCCCGAUGAGGAUCGGGAUGAUGACGAGGUUGAUGACGAAGGCCUCGGUCACAUCAUGCUGUGCAUGUAUGACAAGGUGCAGCGCGUCAAGAACAAGUGGAAGUGCACUCUCAAGGACGGCGUCCUCACCGUCAACGGCAAAGAGUACGUUUUCAACAAAGCAACCGGCGAGUACGAAUGGUAGUGAAUCUACGCACGAGGGGAAGGGGGGCAAGAUGAGCUUAUCGGCGCUUGCUGUUCUGCGGAACAUCUCUCAUGAACUUGCACAAGUCACGGCGCUCGAGUUAGGCUUAGGCACUGGUUCGGGCUCGGCUCUCCGAGCCGUGAUAAUUCUUUCUUUUCUUCAUUUUUCUUAC